GUCAUGAUCAAAAGCAUAUGCUUCUGCAAAAUAACACAGAACGCCAUUCUGUAGUAACUAAAAAUCGUCAAAAGUUUGGCGCGAAAACAAAGUGCGCAUGUAAGAAAAGUGGCGGACUAGGUGGAGCUGGCAGCGCAGUGAAAACAGAAACCCAAACCGGUCAUGGAGGCUAGUUAACGACUGUGCGCCGCGCUUGUGAAUAGUAAUUUCACCAAGAUAUUGUGUUAUUUACGCGGACGCUAGAGAAUCGACUGAAAGAUUGCCGGUUUAAACGAAAAUGGGUGCAUAUUUGUCAGAACCGAUUACAAAGAAAGUGUCGAGCGAUGAAGUGGGCAAGAAUGUCGCAUUCGGCGCGAGUUCCAUGCAAGGCUGGCGAAUUAGUCAAGAGGAUGCACAUAAUUGUUGCAUAGAUUUUGAUGAAAAUAUUUCAUUAUUUGCUGUAUAUGAUGGCCAUGGUGGUCAUGAAGUAGCAACUUAUUGUGCAAAUAAUUUACCAGAUUUUAUUAAACAAACUGAUGCAUAUAAAAAGGGAGAUAUAAGACAAGCUUUAAUUGAUGCCUUUCUAGGCUUUGAUGCUACACUUGAAAAAUCUGAAGUAGUUAGUAUUCUCAAAGAACUCGCAGGAACAUCUACUUCAGAUAAGAAAAAAGAAGAAUUAAAUGAAUCUGAUGAAGAAGAAAAUGUUAAUAAUCUAUGUAUGGAGGCAACAAUGCCAUUGGAAGAAGUAAUAGCAAAAUAUCAAUCAGAAUCAAAUCCUAAUGUAAAAAAUGAAAAAUGUAAUAAACGAGUAUGUUCUGCAAGUCCUUAUCUACGUGGUCGAAGAGGUAAAGAAAAAGCAAGUUCUUCAUCAUCUGGUGCAGGAUGUUCAUCAUCUUCAUCUUCGUGGAAUACAAAUGAAACUGAUGUGAGUAGUUCCAGUCAACCAUGUGGAUCAACUUUAUCUAGUACAAUGGAAAGAAAAGAAUCAGAGUGUCCUGGAAACAAUGAAGCUGAACAAGUUCUUGAUUCAACUACCAGUAAUGGAAAUGCACAUGCAUCUACACCUGUAGAAUCUACAGCAGAUGUAGAAACAACAAAAAGUGCAGAUAUGCCAGAUAGUUCUGAAGAUGUAAACAAGGAAGUAACAAGUCCUGGUAAAAUUACAUCUAUAGAAUCAAAUGCAAAUGAAGUAGAAAUAAAUGGUGCAGAAUCAAAGCAAAUUGGAGAUGCAGAUAGUAGUAAGGGUGGAGGAGAUAAUGUUUCAAGUAGUUCAUGUAUCCCUAUAGAAAAUGGAGAUGCAGGACAACAAGAACGGAUAACUAGUACUGGUAGAAGAAGAAUUCAACCUGUUACAUUAUAUCAUACUCUCUUAAAAAAAGACAGUGAAGUUUCUGAAGAUGAUGAUGAUGAUGAAAAUGAUGAAACAUUUGAUGGUAUUCCAGAAAGUUUUAGUGACGAAGAUGACAUAGAAGAUAUCGAUGAAGAUGAAAGUGAUGAAGAUGAAGAUGAAGAAGAUGAAGAUGGAGAUGGUAAUAUUGAUGAUGAUGAUGAUGAUGAUGAUAGUGAAAGUCUUAUGAUGGAUACAGAAGAGCCAGGUUAUGAUAGUGGAUGCACUGCAGUAGUUGCAAUUUUAAAGGACAAUGAAUUAUAUGUGGCAAAUGCUGGAGACUCUCGUUGUGUUUUAUGUAGAGAUGGUCAAGCUAUUGAACUUAGUUUAGAUCAUAAACCUGAAGAUGAACCAGAAAUGGAACGUAUAGUAAAAGCUGGUGGAAAAGUUACAGCUGAUGGUAGAGUAAAUGGUGGCCUUAAUUUAUCAAGAGCACUUGGGGACCAUGCUUACAAACAAAAUGCAGACUUGCCACCACAAGAGCAAAUGAUUUCUGCUCUUCCUGAUGUAAGGCAUAUUACAAUUGAACCAGAAAGAGAUGAGUUUAUGGUGCUUGCUUGUGAUGGUAUUUGGAAUUUCAUGUCAAGUCAAGAUGUUGUACAAUUUAUUCGUGCUCGUUUAACUCAAAAUUAUGAAAAAUUAUCAAAAAUCUGUGAAGAGCUAUUUGACCAUUGUCUUGCACCUGAUACCUGUGGAGAUGGUACAGGAUGCGACAAUAUGACAGCUGUAAUAGUACAAUUUAAUUCAUCGACUAAUGCUGUAAUGAAUAGCACUAUUACUGACGUAUGUACUGUUAAAAGAUCACUAUCGCCAUCUAUAUCGACAGAAGAAAAUAAUGAUUGUAUUAUACAGGAUGACACAAUGAAAUCUUGUAAACGACUUAAAACUGAAGCAACUAUAUGAGAAAUGUGUUAAAUAUUAUAAACUGUUAUAAUCUUUGGAGACAGAUGAGUGAAUGUGAAUUUAUGUAAAAUUAUGUAAUUCUAUAAAAAAAAA